AUGUCAGUGCGAAAAAAAUACGUCUGCAUCGCUAAAGAUACCCCCGACACAAAUGGUCAUCUCAGACCGCGACAACGUCCUCACUCCUUAGAUCUCCUCGCCGUGCUGCUCCUGGGUGAGGCAGUAUUCGACAGCGAUAGGGGGCAAUGCGGACAGGGAGGCUCUGAAGAGAGGGCUUCGGUACGUUGCUGUGAACAACAUCUACCCAUGGCUUACAAGAUGAAAGGGGUCUUCAAGGGCCUCAGGGUCAUCUCACAGAUCUUCGUGGUGAAAGAGCAAGAGAUGGACAUUGGAUAUCCAACAGACGUGAAGCAUGUCGCGCAUAUCGGAUGGGAUAGCCCAACGGGGAGUGCUGCUUCUUCUCCUAGCUGGAUGAACGACAUGAAGGGUUCACCGGAUUUUUCCACGUUGAACAACUUCUCACCAUCUACAGGAACCUCCUGGACUUCUCAAGAUUUUGACCAGCCUCGAGACAUAUCGCCAUACGGUAUACUUCCUGAAAAUAGCGGCCAGGAGGCAACCCCGUACCCUGACAUACCAAAGCCACCCAGGAAGACCAGAAGGAAGAAAUCUUCCAAAAACGGCUCGCCAACAGCAUCAGCGAGAUCAUCAAGGUCAUCAAGAUCAAGAUCUAAGGACUCAUUUUCAUCCACUACUCCUGACACCAUUGGUGCACACGACAUACAACGUGAAAUCCGGAUUGUAUAG